UCAUGCUGAGAGAGGCACUGUUAGAAAUAACAGUCCAAAUCUGAUCAAAGUUCCUUAAAAUCUGGCAGUGUGGCCUGGUGUUCAAGCCACAAGGAACUACGUAACAUCUUUCCCUAGUUAAACAGUUCCUGACAGGACUUGGACUACAUGGUAGAAGGAUUUCGAGAUCAUUUUAUAAGAGAAGAUAACAAUACAGAUUGAGGAGGGAAAGCAUGGAAUACCUUGCAGGUUGGUUACAUCUAGACCAAGCAGUAACAUGGACAGCUGUUGUUUUCGUCAUCACAGUGUUUGGUCUAGCAAUUCUACAGCGCUGGUGGCACAUGGGAAAACUUGCACGCCUGGGGUACACGGGUCCACCCAGACAUUUGAUAUUUGGCAACCUCAAGGAACUUGGUGAGCUGAAUGGAAAUCACAGGAACGCUUGGAGGAAACUCAUUGACAAAUACGGAAGCCAAGUGGGAAAUCUCGAAGGAAAAUCGCUUGCACUAUAUACUGGUGGUAUCCCUAUUGUUGUAGUUACAAAUCCAGAAGUCAUCAAAUACAUUGGAAUAAAGAACAUUGACAACUUUACUAACAGAUUAUUUUCAGGAUUAGACAGAGACAAGAGUUUACUUUCAAUCCGAGAUGAUAGAUGGCGUUUCAUUAGACACACCCUCACCCCUACAUUUUCCCCAGCCAAGAUGAAACUGAUGUCAGAAACCAUAAAUGGGGUCAUUUCUGUCACAAUGGAUAUCAUUGAAGAACAUAUCAAAGAAAAAAAGUCCCUUAAUAUUUACAGGUUAUUUCAUGGCCUUACACUUGAAGUGAUUGGUAAGUGUGCUUUGGCCAUCAAUAUCGAUUCCCAGAGGAAUCCUGACCAUCCUCUCCUUGCCGACUGUAUAGAGGCCUUCUCUAACUUCAAAUCUAACUCUCUUGGGAGGUCGUUUGCGUCAAUAUUCCCUAGUUUUGCCAUCUAUGUCAGGAGAAUUCUGGGAAUCAGGUUUUCCAGCAUUGUACCAGAAGACGACACAAUGCUCAUUCAAUACGUCAGGAAAGUCAUCAAGGAUCGCAAAGCUAAUAAGGGAUCGAAAACAGUCGAUGCAUUGCAGUUGAUGUUAGAAGCAGCAGAGAUCAUCGCUUCAGAAGAAAUAAAAGACGGUCCUGCCACUGAUUUGAACUCUGAAGUCCAGAACGGAAAGCUCAAAGAAGAAAAGGUGCUUCAAAAUGGCUAUGUGUCAACUGCGAAGGAAAAUAAAAUGACUGAAGAUGAGGUGGUACAAAAUGCUACGGUUUUUCUGUUAGCUGGAUAUGAAACGACGUCAACGAUGCUCUCUUUCACUUGUUAUUUGCUUGCAAAGAACCAGGAUGUUCAGCAGCGUUUAUACGAGGAGAUCCAACAACAUCUGCAGAGUGAGGAGGAAGUUUCCUAUGACAGUGUCAUGCAAAUGGAGUAUCUGGACAUGGUAGUCAAUGAGUCACUACGUUUCUAUCCACCAGUUGCUGACUCCAUCAUACGUGAAGUGAAGGAGGACUGCGAGUUUGAAGGAAUGAAGUUCCCGGCAGAUGCAUGGAUCAUAUUCCCAAUCAGUUAUAUGCACUUCAAUGAGAAACUGUGGCCUGAUCCCCAGACCUUUGAUCCAGAGAGAUUCCAUCCUGACAGGAAGAAGAACAUCCACGUCUCCUCCUUCUUGCCCUUUGGCAUUGGUCCUCGUAAGUGCAUUGGAUUGAGGUUCGCCCUGAUGGAAGGAAAGAUGGCCCUAGUUCGCCUCCUUCAGCGAUACAAGUUGAAGACGUGUAGCCUGACGGAGGAAGAUAUUAAAACAAUGCCGGGGAAAAUCACCCUGACUCCUCAAAAACUGAGCAUUUAUCUUGAAUGUGUGCACCGCUAAUUCCGAGAGACACUUUUAUUGUCACCGCAGCAUUUGACGUUGAUUUGGAAAGAGGCGCUGUUAAGAAAUGUAUUGUGAAGAAUACAGAAAGGAAAAAAGAAAGAGGAAGUAAUUAAACACAAAAUUGAAGUGUGUAUAUGUAUAUAGUAUAUAUAUAUAUAUAUAUAUAUAUAUAUAUAUAUAUAUAUAUAUAUAAAUAAUAUAUAUAUCCACAUUGUUUCACUUUCCUUCAUUGCAUAUAGUAUAUAAAUGCAGGCAGUCCCUGGUUAUCAGCAGGGGUGCUGUUCCGGCUGGCUUGAUGAUAAACGAAAAUCGCCAUCAAGCAAAAUUUGGCUAUUUAUGGCGCUGAUAACCAGUUAAUGGCGCCCCUGUUGGGUUUGUGUCGGCGCCGUAACUCUAUUAUCGGUGCCGAUAACCAGGCAAUAAACCAGUGCCAUAAUAAAACCGGCAAUUUAUGGCACCAUUCUCAGUUAGCUGUAAGCAAAACUAUAAUAUACAGGCAUAUCCCCAUUUAUGAUGUUUCAUUUUACGAUGAGUCGAGUUUGCGAUGAGGUUAGCUGAUACAAUGGGUUUUUUUUUAUGUUGCAAAGCAAUACCGAUGGGCAAUAAUAGAAAAUAUUUUAAAUUUCGUGCGUAACGAACACAGGCAGCAGCAAAAGUGAACUUGGAGUUUUAAUUUCGUAUUUUUAUGUUUACGUAUUAUACAGUAAUUCAUAUUUCAUUAAAGGAUAUUUAUGUAUCUUACUGGGAGACUCAGUCUUUUACUAUUUCUUUUAUAUUUUUACUGCAUUUUCUCAUUUUUUCGGUUUUAUAAACCAAAUUGUAAUGCAACCAAGUCCAUAUGGUACGUACACUCAAUUCCAUGCCGUCAAUGAAACUGGUAUACACCCUAUUGGGUUUUGUCUUAACUAGUACAGAUGAAACAAGCAUUUUAAAUGAUAUUUAUGGUGAUUAGAGAUGAAAUAUUCUAUUGUUUACUGUUAAGUGUGCUAUUCAAACUUGGAAUUAAGUAAACUUGUAAUAGAAACGGUACGGUAAAUCAAGCAAAGCAAAGACAAUAAAUAAAUAAAAAAUUGUAACU